AAAAAAAAACAACAGAAUAUAUAAAAAAAUAUGGCUAAUACCACGAAAACUCUAAUCACAUUUGUUUUCAGUGUCAUUUUCAUCAUCUCUUAUGUUCAUUGUCAAGCAACAUUUGCUAGUGCCCCAAGCAUAGAUGAACCAGCAUUCACAACAGGUUAUGAACUUGCAAAGAAGAAUGGGUAUUGCUUCAAAACACGAGCAUGUAUGGACAAAAGCCAAGGGGCGAUAGGUUGCGUUGUGUUUUGUAACGAAGCUCGUUAUGCUACUGCCGUGUGUGAGGGUGAUCGAUGUUGUUGUUAUCAUAGAAAUGAGAAUGCGUCCAAGGAGAAACUAAUCAUCCAACAACCUAAUGUAAUUUUAUCUACUUGAAAAAUAGUAUCAAAAUUUUUUAUAUGUUCUCAAUAUCUCUAAAUAAAUGACCUAAAGGAAAAUAAUAAAUGUAGUUUACCAUAUCAAAUUAAGGUAUACAUAGUUUUAUUAAACUUUUGA